UUAAUUAAUCAUAACAAUGAGGAUUUCUUCUGUCUGACAACAUUCUUGGUGCACAGGAGGACAGACCUUGUCAUUCUGCUUUUCAUUUGCAAACUGUUAGCAAGAGCAAAAGAAAGGUUAAAUAAAAAAUAAAUGAAAGAGCAAAACAAUCCCCAAAACCUCAGCUUUGCAGUCAUUACAUUUCUGUUUAUGUACUUUAUGGUUUUCCAAAUGAAAGGAAACCAAAAUGCAGCAGUGCAGUUUAGCCUCCAGUGAACAGUUAUUAGUGCCACUACAGGGAUUUCUGCCUAUACAGGCCAAAGUCUUCUUGCCAAAAGGAGAAUGAAAGUAAGCUUGUGGUCCAAAACGAAAAGUAGUUCAAACCAGGAGAUGAGAUUUUGUUUAAGUUACAUAUAGGUCAGGACUACGGUAAUUAAAAAUCGCUGUCUUUGCUUUAAUUGCUUUUUUUUUAACCAUUGAAAGAAGAGUUUUCCCCACAGGUUAGAGUUGUAGAAAGGUACUAAUUUUUGCAUUUGCUGUAGAAACCCAAAUCAAUUUUGCUACCAUAAAUGAACUACUGUAUAUUAUAGUUUGUACUUGACUAAACAGAUUGUUUAAACUUUAAACUAAAGGAGAAAUUUGGGGAAGGCCCUGUUCUCACUCACACAGUGAAACACAUUCAUUGGCUAGCUGCCAGUAAAACCGCAGUCUGAUUUGCUGGCCACUGCGCAGCUCCACUGGAGAAGCUAGGGGUUAUAGGCCUUGCAUGAGGGCACCUUAGUGGAGGUAAUGAGGGAGGGGCCGUUCACUCUCCCCACCUAGAUUUUGCUGAUCAAUCUGGUGACCUUCAAGGUGUGGUCCUGAUGACAGCAAUGUGCAGCGGCUGACCAACAUGCAAAGUGCACAGCAGUGUCUGGGAUUGGCCGGAGGGAGAGCCCCACCUCUGUACCGCUUCCUGAUGGCCCAGGUAGAGCACCUGAAGGCUGUGAAGGAAAACCCCUCAGCCCUUACAGGUAUGGUUCAGCAGGAGGCGGAGAGGAACAUUCAUUUCAGCCAUGCAGGGGAGACAAGACAGACCUCUGGUGAGUACGUGCAGUGUAGCAGCUGUCUUUUUUCCCCGUUUAUCACUUUGGGGACGUCUAAAUUUGGCCAAGUGAAAACAUGAUCUCUGGGGACACUGCAGCCACAGACACGAUGUCUGCAGUGUGGGGAUGUACUGGAGUGGUCAGAGGAACACAGUGUCCUGCUGAGCUGUUCCUGCUGCUCUACUGUGGAUGAGACGCUGGAGAAUGUAGCCAGAGGCCUGGCCAGCAGAAUGAGGAAGGAGAAGAGUCACUGGGCAACAGGAAGGGUGGGCGACAUUGACUUCGUUAGCUCUACUAAGACAAGAGGAAAGUUUGUGAGGGUGCGCAGCAACACAGACCCAGUGCUGAUCUACCAGAUGCUGACAGAAGAGUGGGGCCUUGCUCCUCCACACCUGGUGGUGGCGCUGGUGGGAGGAGAUGAGCUUGCUCAAAUGAAGCCCUGGCUCAGGGACACUCUGAGAAAAGGACUGGUGAAGGCUGCACAGAGCACAGGGGCAUGGAUUUUGACUAAUGGCCUUCGCUUUGGCAUCACCAAGCACUUGGGGCAGGCGGUGAGAGAUCACUCCUUGGCCAGCACCUCCUCUAAAGUUCGUGUAGUGGCCAUUGGCAUCGCACCCUGGAACAUGAUCCACAACCGGGAGGCAUUACUCACUGCCAAGGUGGAUGAGCCUAUAGUAUACAAGCCACAGGAAUUGCCUCAUGGGUCAGUAUAUUCCCUGGACAGUCACCACUCUCACUUUGUGCUGGUAGAGGAGGAUCCCAACAGACCGGGGGCCACCAGUGAAAUGAGGGUGAAGCUGCUCAAACACAUCUCUCUUCAGCGCACUGGUUAUGGAGGCACAGGCAGUUUUGAGAUCCCUGUUCUGUGUCUCUUGGUCCAUGGGGAACCCAGGAUCCUAAAGAGGAUGUACAAAGGCAUUGGCAAUUCGACACCAUGGCUGAUCCUGGCAGGCUCAGGAGGCGUGGCUGACAUCCUCGUCACGCUGAUGAAUAAGGGAUGCUGGGAUACGGACAGCGUUCAUGAGCUGCUGCUGGACACCUUUCCAAAUGCCCACCACAGCACAGACAUCAGUAACUGGGUCAAGCUGAUCCAGAAGAUACUUGAUCACGGGCAUCUCCUUACUGUCCAUGACCCAGAACAGGAGAGCUCUGAGCUGGAUACGGUCAUCCUCAAAGCUCUAGUCAAGGCCUGUAAGAGCCAAAGUCAGGAAGCUCAAGACUUCCUGGAUGAACUGAAGCUGGCUGUGGCCUGGAACAGGGUUGACAUUGCCAAGAGUGAUAUCUUUAAUGGAGAUGUGGAGUGGAAGGCAUGUGACCUUGAAGAGGUGAUGAUGGAUGCCCUGAUCAAUGACAAACCUGACUUUGUGCGCCUCUUUGUGGACAACGGUGUGAACCUGGGCGAGUUCCUUACAUACGGUCGCCUACAGGAGCUUUACUGGUCUGUGUCAGAGAAAAGCCUCCUUCACAACCUGCUCCUCAAAAAGUAUGAGGAGAAGCAGCUUCUGCUUGGAGCUGCCAGGACACCUGGUCCACCUGGGCACCAUCUGCCUGAGCAAGGGGAAAGGAAACCCCGCUUCACCCUCUACGAGGUCGCCAAAGUGCUGAAAGACUUUCUUCAUGACUCCUGCAAAGGCUUUUACCAAAAGAUUCCCACAGAGAAGCCUGCGAAGGGUCGACUGUUCCACAGCCAGAAGAACCUGGCCGAGUUAGACGAGCGUUGCGAGCAUCCUUGGAGGGAUCUCUUCCUCUGGGCCGUUCUUCAGAACCGACAGCAUAUGGCUAACUACUUUUGGGCCAUGGGCCCUGAGGCAGUUGCAGCAGCGCUGGCGGGUUGUAAGAUUCUGAAAGAGAUGGCACGACUGGAAUCUGAGGCUGAGUCUGCACGUAGUAUGAAGGAAGCCAAGUAUGAGCAGUUUGCCCUUGAUGUCUUUGGAGAGUGUUACUCCAACAGUGAAGACAGGGCUUACGCUUUGUUAGUGAGAAGAACACACUGCUGGAGCAAAUCUACGGUCCUUAACUUGGCAACUGAGGCAGAUGCCAAAUCCUUCUUUGCCCAUGAUGGAGUUCAGGCUCUCCUCACAAAGAUUUGGUGGGGGGCGAUGACGACGGACACCGCCAUCUCCAAACUUGUGGUGUCUUUCUUCUGUCCACCACUCAUCUGGACCAACCUCAUAAAGUUCAGUGAUGAGGAACUUGACAAUCGUAAUGGCCACGAGCAGUUUACAGAGCUGGACAGUCUGGAUACAGAAAAGGCUUUACUGUUAACUGACGAUGACGACCCUUUGGACUCUUCCCCUGGAGGUCCAGAAGCUCAGAGCUGCGCCUCUGUCUGGUGGCGUUUCUUACUCCGCCGCUGGCGUCGCUUCUGGAGCGCUCCUGUCACUGUGUUCCUCGGUAAUGUCAUCAUGUACUUCGCCUUCCUCUGCCUCUUCACCUACGUGCUCCUGCUAGACUUCCGCCCACCGCCGCCCCUUGGCCCUGGAGCCCCAGAGAUAAUGCUCUACUUCUGGGUCUUCACCUUAGUGCUGGAAGAACUUCGACAGAGCUUCUUCACGGAUGAAGAGAUCAACAUCUUGAAGAAGUUCAAACUCUAUGUAGAGGACAACUGGAACAAGUGCGACAUGGUUGCCAUCUCACUCUUUGUUGUUGGGCUUUCAUGCAGGAUGGUGAACAACACCUAUGAGGCAGGAAGGACAGUUAUGGCGAUAGACUUCAUGGUAUUCACUCUACGUCUGAUCCACAUCUUUGCCAUUCAUAAGCAGCUGGGCCCCAAGAUCAUCAUUGUGGAAAGAAUGAUGAAGGACGUUUUCUUCUUCCUCUUUUUCCUGAGUGUGUGGCUCAUUGCGUACGGUGUUGCCACCCAGGCUCUUCUCCACCCCAAUGACCCAAGGAUUGACUGGGUGUUUCGCAGAGCCUUGUACCGCCCCUACCUGCACAUUUUUGGCCAGAUCCCCUUGGAGGAAAUAGAUGCUGCUCGCAUGCCUGAAAUUAACUGCACCAAUGACUCAGAGGAGAUUAUCAUGGGCCUACGGCCGCCAUGUCCCAACAUCUACGCCAACUGGCUGGUCAUCCUGCUGCUGGUUAUCUUCCUUCUCGUCACCAAUGUCCUGCUGCUCAACCUGCUCAUUGCCAUGUUCAGCUACACAUUCCAGGUGGUGCAGGGCAACACAGACAUCUUCUGGAAGUUCCAGAGAUACAACCUGAUUGUGGAAUACCACAGCCGUCCAGCACUGGCCCCACCCUUCAUCAUCAUCAGCCACCUCUCUCAGCUCCUCCUCAGCCUGGUGAAACAGCCAGAGUCUAAGCAGGAGCAUCUUGAGAGGGAGCUGCCGGCAGGGCUAGACCAGAGGCUGAUAACAUGGGAGACGGUGCAGAAAGAGAACUACCUGGCCAAACUGGAGCGCCAGCACUGGGAGAGCAGUGAGGAGAGACUCAAGAGUACCUCCUCGAAGGUUCAGAGCUUGCUGAGGAUUGUUGGUGGGUUCAAGGACCAAGAGAAAAGGCUGGCAUCCAUGGAGGCUCAGAUCAGAUAUUGUGGAGAGGUGUUGUCCUGGAUGGCAGAGUGCUUUGCUCAAAGCACACUCAAAUGCGGGAAAGAAGCUCCAAGACCUCUAACAUCUCUAACAGACUGCAAGGCAAGCAGCACCAAGGACGCGCCUCAAAGUCAACCAGAGAAAGAAGUCAAACAAGAAGGGGGCCAAGCCAGACCAGGUCACCCAGGAUACGGAGCUAACAAACAAAUUCCUUACAUUGAUGAAUAAAAGUGAUAAUGGUAACUGGUAGUACACAGAGAGCUAAUUAUGAUACUAUAUGUAAGAUUUUUAGAAUAUUUUGAUGAUGGUAUAAUUGGAGGAAAGGGGACAUUGAUUUGGCUUGGACUUUAACUUAAAUUAAUAAAAUAAUGUUGGAUGUUUUCACAG